ACGACUCCCCCGGCUGGAGCCGCCAGCUCCGCGUCAGAGAUGGAGACCAGUUCUACCUGCUGGAUCAAGAGGAGGUUCAUCCAUUGCUGAUGAAUGAUCAUCGUCCCGUCUCUCACCGACACAAACUGCUGCGCAGGACCGUCAGCGUACCUGCAGACAGCAGACCACACCCUGAGUCAGAGCACGCUCGUGCUCGCAGGAAGAGCUUUGCCACGUCGCGGCAGAGAAGCAUGGAAACUCCGCCCACUGCCCCUCCACAGCCAUUCCGACAACCUAGUUUUCUAAGUCGCCGUCUGAAAGGAUCAAUUAAACGAGCAAAGAGCCAACCCAAACUCGACCGCACAGGAAGCUUUCGCCACAUGAUCCUCCCACGAUUCCGCAGCGCUGACCAGGAGAGGACGCGUCUCAUGCAGAGCUUCAAGGAGUCUCACUCUCACGAGUCCCUGCUGUCUCCCAGCAGCGCGGCCGAGGCCCUGGACCUCACGCUGGACGAGGAUGCCAUCAUCAAACCCGUCCACUCCAGCAUCCUCGGCCAGGAGUACUGCUUCGAGGUGACCACUGCAUCGGGCACCAAGUGUUUUGCGUGCCGCUCCGCUGCUGAGAGGGGGGAAUGGUUGGUGGAGAUGCAUGGAGCGAUCAAUCAAAAACAAGGUGGUGCCCGUCGUGUUGAUAACGUGCUGAAGCUGUGGAUCAUCGAGGCCCGUGAUCUUCCUCCGAAGAAGCGCUAUUACUGCGAGCUGUGUCUGGACGACAUGCUGUACGCGCGAACCACCAGCAAACCGCGCACGGACACCGUGUUCUGGGGCGAACACUUCGAGUUCAACAACCUGCCGGCCAUCCGCAGCCUCAGACUGCACCUGUACAAGGAGACGGACAAGAAGAGGCGCAAGGAGAAGAGCACGUAUCUGGGGCUGGUCAGCAUCCCCAUCUCCAGUAUCACGGGCCGGCACUUCGUGGAGCAGUGGUAUCCGGUCAUCCAGCCCAGUGUGUGGCCAAGGGCGGUCGUGUGGCUCAGCGGGAAGAUCAUCAACGCCUCGCUGCGCCUCAAGAGCCGCUACCAGACCAUGAGCACAGCCUGCCCAUGGGAGCUGUACAAGGAGUUCGCCGAGUACGUGACCAACAACUACCGGACUCUGUGUGGGGUCCUGGAGCGCGCUCUGAGCGCUAAGAGCAAGGAGGAAGUGGCCUGUGCGCUGGUGCACAUCCUGCAGAGCACCGGCAAGGCGCAGGACUUCCUGUCUGAUAUGGCCAUGUGUGAGGUGGACCGCUUCAUCGAGCGCGAGCAUCUGAUCUUCAGAGAAAACACACUGGCCACCAAAGCCAUCGAGGAGUUCCUGAAGCUGAUCGCACACCGCUAUCUCAGAGACACCAUCGGAGAGUUCAUCCGUGCUCUGUACGAGUCGGAGGAGAACUGUGAGGUGGAUCCGAUGCGAACGCCUCCCUCGGUGCUCUCAGAUCAUCAGGCUAACCUGCGCAUGUGCUGCGAACUAGCGCUCUGCAAGAUCAUCAACUCACACUGCGUGUUUCCUCGUGAGCUGAAGGAGGUGUUUGCGUCGUGGCGUGUGCGCUGUGCUGAGCGCGGUCGGGAGGACAUCGCUGACCGUCUCAUCAGCUCGUCUCUCUUCCUGCGCUUCCUGUGUCCGGCCAUCAUGUCCCCGUCUCUGUUCAGCCUGACGCAGGAGUAUCCGUCCGAACGCACCUCUCGAACCCUCACGCUCAUCGCCAAGGUGGUGCAGAGCCUGGCCAGCUUUUCCAAGUUCAGUGGGAAGGAGGACUAUCUGGGCUUCAUGAAUGAGUUCCUGGAGAUGGAGUGGGGCUCCAUUGUGCAGCAGUUUUCCUGUCCGUUCCUGUACGAGAUCUCUAAUCUGGAGUGUGUGAGUAACGCCGGGGCGUUCGAGGGCUACAUAGACCUGGGCCGCGAGCUCUCCGUCUUGUGUAGUGUGGUGUUGGAGGUGAUGAGCAAGGACGCCAUCCUGAAGCUGGGGCCGUUGCCGCGGUUACUGAACGACAUCAGCGUGGCGCUGAUGAACCCGCAGCUGCACCGUCAGGCCAGUCAACCAGCCGCCCGAGCGCCACCUGACCCGCCCCACCUUCAGCCGCCCGCCACCAACGACUUCCAGAGCCUCAUGAUGAGAGACCUCAACAGCUCCAUAGAUAUCUCUCGUCUGCCGUCUCCCACGGCUGGUCUCUCCGGCAGCGGCGUUCUCUCUCACCCUGGAAUGGCUGCGUUCUCAGAGCGAGAUCCCCGUGGAAACAAAGAUGUGUUCUACGUGACCCGCCCACCUCUCGCACGCUCAAGCCCCGCCUACUGCACGAGCAGCUCUGACAUCACUGAUCCAGACCCCAAGGUUCUCAGUGUGAAUAAGUUAGCCCCUGAUGAUGCGGACUCUUCGCCAUCAAACAGCCGGCGGUCUAACCUCGCACUCGGUCAACGGAACCUGCUGAAACUCGUCUCAGGGGUCUCUGGCACGGGCUGCGCGUGGCUCGGUCCGCUGGCGCGCCGCCAUCCCAGUCAGGGCCGCAUGAUGGGCCGUGUUUCGGCCGCAGGUUCUGAUGGGCAUGGCUCCGCAGACAGCACACAGGCACCUAGGGCACCACCCGCUUCUCUCCCAGGCCACCCCCCCACCACCAUCCAUCCUGUCCGUCAGGCCUCCCAUGGGCCCCGCCUCCUCCUCAGCGCUGAAAAGGACAUGAAGCCUCAGCCCUCCCACCAGCUGUCUGUCAGCUCGGCCGUCAACUCCACGCCCCCCAAGACCCGCCCCCAGAGCGGGAACCUCCUCCAGUCGCCCGACUCCAGUUUCGGGGGGAGGCAGUUGCCGAGGCAACAGCUGUCGAUGAAGGAUAGCCCCGCCCCCGGCCUGCCGCAUCAGUCCAGCACGGCCUCGGAGAGCCCCGCCCCUCAGGGCGGAGCCAGUGAGAGCACAGAAAACACACCGAGCAGCCAACCAGCAAAACCCACACAGCAAACCAACCAACAGCAACAGCACCUGCUCAAGCCAACCGUGAACAAACAGGGCUCAAAGUCUCCGUCCACUCUCAAUCCUCCCUCAGCUGCGUCCGAGCGUACGGUGGCCUGGGUGUCCAACAUGCCACAUCUGUCUGCGGACAUCGAGAGUCUGCGUGUGGACCGCGAGGACUUCAAACUGAAGGAGCACUCGAAGAGCAUGGACGAGUCCCGUCUGGACCGGGUGCGUGAGUACGAGGAGGAGAUCCACUCUCUGAAGGAGCGCCUGAUGAUGUCCCACCGUAAGCUGGAGGAAGUAUACGAGCGGCGGCUGCAUUCACAGGAGCAGCAGACCAGUAAGAUCCUGCUGCAGUACCAGAGCCGGCUGGACGACAGCGAGAGACGCCUGCGCCAGCAGCAGAUGGAGAAGGACACGCAGAUCAAGGGCAUCAUCAACAGGUUGAUGGUGGUAGAGGAUGAGCUGAGAGGAAGUGGAAUGCCUGACCUCAAAACCAGAAUAUUCACAGAACAGCAGCCGAUAUAUGGUGCCCACUCUGGAACAUGAUUGGCCCGUGCAGGACUAGCGGAUCUGUGAUUGGUUGAACCCCAACCCAGGAGUGUCUGAUGAUUGGAUGAGAGAGAAGAGAGAGGCGGAGCCUGAGCAUGACGACCAAACUUCUACAUCAGGACGUCUACAAACUCUCUUUCUCUCUCUCUCUCUCUCUCUCUCUCUCACACUCUGAGAGUAUAUAUAUGUAUAUAACUGAUAUAUAACUAUAUAUUCCUCAGGUGUGUCUCUCUCACUCUCUCCUGCUGUCUUUCUCUCUUUCUUCUGAAUUUUUUGAGCCAAAUGGACGACAAUCAGAAAUCUU